GAACACGACUAGACGCGACUGAAUUCACAUGAGACUUUCCUCAGGCAAAGCAAACCGCGUUCACUUGGUCUCUCGGGCUCAGUGAGCCACGUUUGCGCCAUGGUGAGGGCGGAUUUGACUCGAGACUACUACGGGGAUCUUGAGAUCUCUCCAAAUGCAGAUGUCAAUGAUAUUAAGAAACAGUUCAAGAAACUAGCGCUCUUGUACCACCCAGACCGCAACCCGGGACGUGAAAGCGAGGUCACUGCUAGAUUUCAAAAGAUCCAGUCGGCACAUGAAGUGCUCACAGAUGCUCACGAACGUGCAAAGUAUGAUGCAAACCGCCCUCGACCUAGCAACACCUACCGAACAGGAGGGAACCCGCGAGGAAAUCCUUGGUCUAAUGUCGCUUCGCAAUAUCCCCCACCACCCAAACCUCCUACAGCUCGCCGACCUCCACCACCCUCUGCCGGAGCUCAACGCUAUAAGAAUUUUGAGACACCUAGGCAGUCUGCAAAUAAGACAGCACAGGAGGGAGCCGAAGCUAGGAGAAGCACAUAUGAAGCAUGGGAGAGAAUGAGAGAGAGAGUCCCCCCACAUGGGUCGGGUUCCGCAUUCAGCGGAGCUGGCCCAAUACCCAAAGGAACACCCAGACCGACCCGAGAUGAGACUGGCCGUUCAAAGAAUCCCUCGGGAACCAAAUCGCGCCCCGUAUCUGGCGAAUUCCAAUCAAGUCCUCAUAGGAGAGCCACUAGCCAAACUUCGUCAAAUCGAAAAGGGUUCAUGCCAAACACACCAGGUGGAGAUGAACCUGCUGCACCAAGAGGUGCUUAUUUUACACAACGCGAUAGGUCUGCUCAAGUUCCACCUCCAAGAGAUGCCGGCGCUUCUACGUAUGAGCGGCCCCCAGUUGACCCAUUGGGGCAAUUCAGAGAACGGGUUGACGUUGCAUUUGAGCCUCGUCAAAGUACACCCUAUGCCACACACGGGGGAGAAAAGUUCAACCCUUUCGAAAGUGCUAACAUGAGCAGAUCAAAGAGCACUCGUGUACCAUCUAAUCGAUAUUCGUCAAAUGAUAUGCCAAGAGUUGGUUCCGAUUCAAAGCUGAACUCCCCUCCCCGACCUCAUUCACAAGAAACCCCUGCGGGAGCCUUCAAACCGGCAUUCGUUGCUCCGGAUUCUGAUGACUCUAGUUCCGAUGAUGCGCCUAAACUCAGAACCAAAACGCCUCGCCGGGCUCCAGCCUUUGCAAGCGCAUCACAAACCUUUGCAAAUGCUGGGAACACCAGGUCUACUCCUCCCAAGACCGGUCAGUUCAGCACAACAUCUAUGUUUAGUCAGCCGAUGGCAGAUGGAACAAAUGAAUCGCAAAAACCACAUGAACCUUCUGCUGCUACGGAUAAGAGCAAUACCAAGUCUGAUAACGGCCCUUCAAUAUUCUCCUUCAAACUCGAUCCCGAUACCUUCAAACGCACGGCCCCUUCAAGUUUCAGACCUCAUAGUACCGAAUCCAUCAACACAAAAUUCACACCAGAAGAUUGGCAUGCAACAUUUGAGGCAAGCCAUUUUAUACCCGAGCAGAAAACAGCGAAUCUGGCACAUCGUCCACGUGCACAGUCGGGCAGCCGCUCAAGAGGAAGAUCGCCUACCAAGGUCCGACCCACUGAUUCGAACUUCACCCAAGCGCAGGCCGAGCCAGAACCACCAGUUUUCCCCCGUGGUGCUAAGUUUUCUCAAGCCGAAUGGGCUGGAACUUUCAAACCUCAAACCUUCAUGCAACCUCCAGUCACUCCUAUAGUCAAACCAACCAUGGCCCAGCGCCCAUCCAGAAGACGAGUUCCUAGACCAACGAUGGGCACUGCUGCAGUCGUUGAUGACGGAGACACGUCGGACGAACCUAUUUUCCAAGGUCGCAAACAGUCCGCAACCGCGGCUCCACCCGCAACCGCUGCACCAUCAAGCCCUGAUGCAAUGGAUGUCGAUAUGCCUCCUGCGGCCUCAGCCUCAACCCCUGCGCCAAAUGCCAGUGAAGGAAUGGGAGCAAAGGUCAACUCUGAGGCUCCGAAGCGUGCCGCUGCAACAAGUCAACCUCCAACGGAUACCGAGUCCCUCAAAGUAAAUUUUGAAGACCUGAAGAUUCAGGAUUUAAUCUCCAAUAUGGAUCUACCUACCCCCCCGGUUGCACCACAAAUUCCCGCCGCCCUCCUGCCUCCUACGAAAGAGACCUACAGCGCGUACGAGGAGAAAUUCAAGACCUACAUGCGUGAGUGGGAUCUGUUCUCUACUCGCAUGAUGUUGCAUUUGGUGGCAAGAAAGAAUCAGAACGAUACCCUUGGCGCGACAAGAUGGAUGAAUGGUGAAGGUAUUAAGUUUUACAGAAAGGGCUUACAGGAGGACAUUGCGGUGCUUCAGUGGUGGGAUGGUGCAUGCCAACAGCAUGGAGAGAAUAUGAAGCAACACCAGGUGCUGAUGGAAGGGAUGACAGAGACCGAGGAGAGGCCCCGGAAGAAGACGACGCAUUAACCCCUCAAUGCUCGAUUUGAUUUAGGCUUUCUUCUCUUUGGCAGUUAAAGAUUGUUAUCCCUUGGAUGGACAACAAAAAAAGACAAGAAAGAAAUUUUAGAGCAGAAAGACAGAGGAAGGAAGGGAUG